GCACCUCCUUGGGAAGGCAAAGAAGGGAGACGGUACCUGAGUCCUAGCAGCUGCUCUACCUACAGGGAAAAAAAUGACUUGAUUCUGAUCUUGGGCUUUAGAUCAGAAAAAAAGGGGACACAGUGGGUGAGACCUGACAGAGAGAGGGUUGGAAGCCCAGACUCCUGGGGUCCCCAUGGAGGAGGGGGCUGGGCACAAGAUGCCGUUCCUUUUGAAUUCUGGUUCUGCCUCCCCCACUCAGAACUGUAGAGACCAACCCCUAGGUCUUCAAACACAAUUUCUUAGCCUAGGGGUAGGGUGGGUCCAGACCCACCCCUUCUCAGCUUCCUAUAAGAAGAGCUGGAGACCGACCUGGAACUGCAGGGUCACACAUCAUUCCAUCAUGAAGCCUUCCAUGAAACCUGAGACCUUCCUGCUGGCCUCUGCACUGCUCUGCACCCUCCUGGGUUUGGGGUGCUCACUAAGCUGUGAGGUGUGUGUCAGUGACGGUCCCAACUGCAAUGGAAAACUGCAGACUUGUGCCCCGGACAAGGACUCCUGCAUUGUUGUCGUGACUGAGAGCAAUAGAAAGGGCUCCUUGGCGGUGACCAGCUACAAGGGGUGUGCGAAAUCCAGCGAGUGUGACUCAGGAUCCUUCGCCAUCACCAUGAACACUGAGAACUACAUGGGCUCCAGGAGGCGCUGCUGCCAGAACGAUGGGUGCAACCAGGAGCCCAUGCCCGCGAUCGUGAGAAACCAUACAGAGAAUGGCCUUCGGUGUCCUUCCUGCAUCACUGCCUUUUCGGAAACAUGCACUUCGACUCAGGAAGCGGUCUGCGUUGGUGAGGAAACCCACUGUGUCGCCGUGUCUGGCCUCGCACAGCCUGGUAUCAGAUUUGCGGCCCGGGGCUGUGGCACGGAGGCCGCCUGCCACAGCAAGCCUGGGACCCUGGUGCCCUCAGGCUCUCGUUUCUUGACCAUCAAGAAGACCAGCUGUCGUCCAAGCCCCCAGGCUUCCGGCAAGGCUGAGUGA